AUGGAGGGGAUCAAGAAGGCAUUCGCUCGAGCAAAGAGCGAGGGAAGGCCUGCUCUGGUGACUUACACCACUGCGGGCUUCCCAACCAUCUCAGAGACUCCCGAGAUCCUGCUGUCGAUGGAAGCUGGCGGCGCCGACAUCAUUGAACUCGGAACGCCUUUUACAGACCCCAUUGCAGACGGCCCCACGAUUCAAACCGCCAACACCCAAGCAUUGGCAAACGGAACGACCACCACAACAUGUCUCAACAUUGUCAAAGAGGCGCGAAGCAAGGGUUUGAAGGCACCCGUGCUGUUGAUGGGAUACUACAACCCAUUGCUCGCAUAUGGAGAAGAGCGGAUGUUGCAAGAUGCCAAGGCUGCUGGUGUCAAUGGCUUCAUCAUGGUGGACCUCCCACCUGAGGAGGCCGUUCGCUUCAGACACCACUGCACAACGUACGGGCUAUCAUACGUACCCUUGAUUGCUCCCGCGACAAGUGAGAAGCGCAUGAAGCUGCUGUGUAGCAUUGCGGACUCAUUCAUUUACGUGGUCUCAAGAAUGGGUGUGACUGGUGCAACUGGAGCGUUGAGCACGGGCUUGCCGCAGCUCCUGGAGAAAGUGCACAAGUACUCGGGCGGUGUCCCUGCAGCCGUAGGUUUUGGUGUAAGUACAAGAGAGCACUUUGCGGAGGUCGGACAAGUCUCGGAGGGUGUCGUGAUUGGAAGUCAGAUUAUCACGACGAUCAAGAAGGCACCAAGUGGACAAGGAGCCAAGGCAGUAGAGGAGUAUUGCCAUGAGAUCACUCUGAGACGCAAUCCUAGGGCACCAACGAAUGGAGAAACGAACGGUCACUCUAUCUCUACUGCCGCGAACCCGAACGGUGAUGGCAGCGGCUGGGUAUCACACGCGAACGGUGAAGCUCCCAAGGACAUCUCUACGGCAGACCCAACCAAGCAGCCGGCCAGCGAAAGCCAUCCUGCAAACGGCACUGUGCACGUGGAUGCCGUCGUAAAGGAUUCGAACGGGCCCGGAUUGGCCGAUCAAAUAGAAGCAUUGAACGUCGGGGGCAAGGAUGCUGAAAUCAUGCCGUCUCGAUUCGGUGAGUUUGGCGGCCAGUACGUCCCAGAAUCCCUGAUGGACUGCCUGGCGGAGCUCGAGAGAGGUUUCAAUGACGCGCGCAACGAUCCGAAAUUCUGGGAAGAGUUCAGAUCAUAUUAUCCUUACAUGAGCCGGCCGUCGUCUUUGCACAAAGCAGAGCGCUUGACCAGUCACGUACGGCAAUCGUCCAAGCAGGGCCAUGGUGCCAACAUCUAUUUGAAGCGCGAGGACCUCAACCAUACCGGUUCACAUAAGAUCAACAACGCCAUCGGCCAAAUACUGGUAGCACGACGAUUGGGAAAGACCGAAAUCAUCGCGGAGACGGGCGCAGGCCAACACGGAGUAGCCACUGCAACGGUCUGCGCAAGAUUUGGCAUGAAGUGCACAGUGUACAUGGGCGCAGAGGAUGUGAGGAGACAAGCGCUCAAUGUCUUCCGUAUGAAGCUGCUUGGCGCUUCGGUGGUGGCAGUGGAAGCCGGCUCACGAACACUCCGCGACGCCGUCAACGAAGCAUUGCGCAAAUGGGUAGAGAAGCUUGACACAACGCACUACAUCAUCGGCUCUGCUAUCGGUCCUCACCCUUUCCCUACUAUGGUGCGGACAUUCCAAAGUGUCAUUGGCAGCGAAACGAAGCAGCAGAUGCAAGAGUUGACCGGGCGACUACCUGAUGCUGUGGUUGCUUGCGUCGGCGGUGGCAGCAAUGCCGUUGGCAUGUUCCAUCCAUUCUCACAAGACCCGAGCGUCCAGCUCCUCGGCGUGGAAGCCGGUGGGGAUGGUGUUGAUACCAAUCGACAUAGCGCUACGCUGACGGGAGGGAAGCCAGGCGUCCUCCACGGCGUGCGAACAUAUAUUCUGCAGAGCGCAGAAGGCCAGAUUAACGACACGCAUUCCAUCUCUGCUGGGUUGGAUUACCCUGGUGUCGGACCGGAGCUCUCGGGCUGGAAGGACAGCUCCCGAGCCAAGUUUAUCGCUGCAACCGACGCGGAAGCGUUCAUUGGCUUCAGGACUUUGUCUGAGCUGGAAGGCAUCAUUCCUGCGCUGGAGACCAGCCAUGCCAUCUUCGGGACCAUGGAGCUCGCAAAGACGAUGAGGGAAGAUGAGAACGUGGUCAUUUGCUUGUCCGGCAGAGGCGACAAGGACGUGCAGUCGGUGGCGGAGGAGCUUCCUGUCAUUGGACCGAAGAUUGGCUGGGACUUGAGGUUCUAA